AUGAAGGUUGAGAGAGAGGAGCGAAGUAGUUCAGAAAAGUUAUCUUUCCCAAGUCUUCCUGAUGCUUCAGUCUUCAUUGUAGUUUCUCAGUUGUUCAGCCUUAAUCGGAGGUGGCAAUCUCAUACUUCCAUUGAACUUCUGAGGCUAUCAGGAGCAUCAUUACUGAUUUUUGCAAAUAAGCAAGACAUACAAGGUUCUCUUUGUCCCUAUGAAAUCGCUAAGGUGCUUAAUCUGGAUGCUAUGGAUAAAACCCGGCACUGGAGAAUUGUGGGAUGUAGUGCAUAUACCGGAGAAGGGCUCCUCGAGGGAUUUGAUUGGUUAGUACAGGACGUUGCCUCUCGGAUCUAUAUGCUUGAUUAA